GCGAAGCCGGACCGGCGGAGCAGAGCGGGAACAGCGGACCCCUCCGACCCCUUUCUUACCUUGACCCGGGACAACCCGGCCGAUACCUGAAGUAUGACCGAGCAGCAGAUGGCUAACCACCAAAGCUUCCUCCGUAUUCAGAUGGACGCCAACCUGCAGUCGAUGCACGUUGGGGCCGUGAUGCGGAAGGUGAAAUCCCGCACCUGGAAGAAGCAGCGCUACUUCCGCCUGCAGGACGACUGCGCCACCAUCUGGUACAAGAGCAAAAAAGCGGGCAACGCCCACUCCACCUUCUCCAUCAGUGAUGUGGAGGCAGUUAGAGAGGGUCAUCAGUCUGAAGUCCUGCUCAGCAUCGCCGACGAGUUCCCGCCGGACCGCUGCUUCACGCUGGUGUUCCGUGGUCGCCGCGGCAACCUGGACCUGGUGGCCGAGUCGCCGGAGGAGGCGCAAUCGUGGGUCAAAGGCAUGAGAACGCUUAUCGAGAGCCUGGAGAACAUGGAUGAGCAGGAGAAGCUCGACCAGUGGAUCAGCGACUGGUUUAAGAAGGCAGAUAAGAACGGAGACGGCAGGAUGAACUUUAAGGAGGUCAGAGACUUGCUGAAGAUGAUGAACAUGGACAUGAAUGAGGAUCAUGCACUCUGCCUGUUCACGAAGGCGGAUAAGUCUCAGUCGGGCACCCUGGAGGACGACGAGUUUGUGCUGUUCUAUAAGAUGCUGACGCAGAGGGAGGAGGUGGACAAGAUCUUUCGGGAAUACUCCAGCGAUGGACAGACGCUGUCGCUCCGAGAUUUGGAGGAGUUCUUGCGAGAGGGCCAGUUGGAGCAGGAACGAGUACAGGAACACGCCAUGGAGCUCAUAGAGCACUACGAACCAUCUGACGCAGCUAAGACGCGUCAGGCCAUGACGAUCGACGGCUUCCUGAUGUACCUGCUGUCGUCGGAGGGCUCCAUCUUUAAGCCAGCCAUGCAGCAGCUGUAUCAGGACAUGAGCCAGCCGCUCUGCCACUACUUCAUCUCCUCCUCGCACAACACCUACCUGAUGGGGGACCAGCUCCGGGGGAGCAGCAGCGUGGAGGCGUACAUACGGGCUCUGAAGCGCGGCUGCCGCUGUGUGGAGGUGGACAGCUGGGAUGGUCCGAACGGAGAACCCGUCGUUUACCACGGACACACUUUAACCUCCAAGAUCCUGUUCAAAGACGUCAUCACUGUAAUCGGCAACUACGCCUUCAAAAACUCGCAGUACCCGGUGAUCCUGUCCAUAGAGAACCACUGCAGUGUGGAGCAGCAGAGGACCAUGGCUCAGCACCUCACCCGCAUUCUGGGGGACAAACUGCUGAGGAACACGCUGGAGGGCAAAGCCAACAGCGGCCUACCCUCACCUGAGGACCUGAAGGGUAAAAUCCUGCUGAAAGGGAAGAAGAUUGGCGGUCUGGAGGAGAGUCUGAGUGGGGUUGUGGAAGAUUCAUUGGCGGCGGAGGUCAGCGAUGAAGAUGAUCCUGCAGAAAUAGACGAAGAAAACGACAUCGUCCGCCGCAGACCUAAGAAAUCGAAGCAGCGUUUGUCUAAAGAGCUGUCGGACUGCGUGGUGUACUGCAAGAGUGUCCGCUUCAACAGCUUCAAGCACUCGAGCGUCCACUCCAAGUUCUACGAGAUUUCCUCCUUCACUGAGUCCAAAGCCAAGAAGCACAUGAAGGACGCAGGAGCAGAGUUUGUGCAUCAUAACGCCCGGCAGCUGACCCGAGUUUAUCCCAACGGCUUUAGAACCGACUCCUCCAACUUUAACCCACAGGAGAUGUGGAACGCAGGGUGCCAAAUUGUUGCUCUGAACGUCCAGACGGCCGGCACAGAAAUGGACCUGAACGACGGCCUCUUCAGUCAGAACGGUCGCUGCGGUUACGUGCUGAAGCCGGCGUUCAUGCGCAGCAUGGAGAAACAGUACGAUCCUGAUCAUCCCGAGCUCCGAGACGGAUACAGGCCUGUGAAACUCGCAGUGGAGGUGAUCAGUGGUCAGCAGCUGCCGAAGAUAAACCAAAAGGAAGGCUCUAUUGUGGACCCGUUGGUCCGGGUGGAGAUACACGGCGUCAUGAAGGAUCAGGCCAAGCAGGAGACCCGACACAUCGACAACAAUGGCUUUAACCCAGUGUGGCGCGAAACUCUCAAGUUCACCAUCCACGUUCCUGAACUCACCCUGGUGCGCUUCGUAGUGGAGGACCAUGACAAGACAUCCAAGAACGACUUCAUAGGACAGUAUACACUGCCUUUCUCCUGCAUACAGCAAGGAUAUCGGCACAUCCACCUCCUGUCGAAAGACGGCACCAGCAUCCCGCCAUCCUCUCUCUUUGUUCAUAUCAGGAUCAAAGAGGGAACUUAACACCUGCUCACUGCGGAAAUGGCGUUACAGAGACACAAAGGGCUUUCACAGACAGUUCCAGGUCUUCCCAAGUCACCACCAUCAUACUGA